GAGCGGCGGCCGAGGUUCGGCAGCCCCGGAGCCCGAGCGUGGCGGACUAUGACAGUGUUUUCUGCAGCGUUCUCCUCCGGUCCACUGUCCUAGAGGCUUCCCUGAACCAUCCCCUAGAGGACCCGCCCUCAGCUUGGCUUAUCAAUGCUCGAAGGAGAGAUGGCUGAUAUUAACUUCAAAGAAGUGACUUUAAUAGUCAGUGUGGUUGCUGCUUGCUACUGGAACAGUCUGUUCUGUGGGUUUGUAUUUGAUGAUGUUUCAGCAAUAUUGGAUAAUAAAGACCUGCAUCCAUCUACGCCUCUAAAAACUUUAUUUCAGAAUGACUUCUGGGGAACUCCUAUGUCUGAGGAGAGAAGCCACAAGUCAUACAGGCCCUUAACAGUAUUGACAUUUCGUUUAAACUAUCUACUUAGUGAACUCAAACCGAUGUCCUAUCAUCUCCUGAAUACAGUUUUCCAUGCCAUUGUUAGUGUGAUAUUUCUUAAAGUCUGCACACUUUUUCUGGACAAGAGGAGCAGUGUGAUUGCUGCUCUGCUUUUUGCAGUGCACCCAAUCCAUACAGAAGCAGUAACAGGUGUUGUAGGAAGAGCUGAACUCUUGUCAUCUGUCUUUUUUCUAGCUGCAUUUUUGUCAUAUACUAAAUCAAAAGGACCAGAUAAUUCCAUAGUGUGGACCCCGAUUGCAUUGACAGUGCUUUUAGUGGCUGUAGCAACAUUGUGUAAAGAACAAGGAAUAACAGUUGUCGGGAUUUGUUGUAUAUAUGAAGUAUUUGUGGCCCAGGGGUAUACUUUGCCAUUAUUAUGUACAAUUGCUGGACAGUUUCUCCGUGGAAAGGGUAGUAUUCCCUUUCCAAUGCUGCAGACGUUAAUAAAACUCAUUGUCUUGAUGUUCAGUACAUUAUUACUUGUCGUGAUUAGAGUACAAGUUAUCCAGUCCCAACUUCCAGUGUUUACAAGGUUUGAUAAUCCAGCUGCUGUAAGCCCAACUCCUACACGACAGCUAACUUUUAACUACCUUCUUCCUGUGAAUGCUUGGCUCCUGUUGAAUCCUUCAGAGCUUUGCUGUGAUUGGACCAUGGGAACAAUACCACUGAUAGAGUCAUUUCUAGAUAUUCGAAAUCUUGCCACAUUUGCUUUCUUUUGCUUUCUGGGGGCUUUGGGAAUAUUCAGUCUCCGAUACCCUGGUGAUUCCUCAAAGACUGUUCUAAUGGCACUCUGUUUAAUGGCAUUGCCAUUUAUUCCUGCAUCAAACCUUUUCUUUCCUGUUGGAUUUGUUGUUGCCGAGAGAGUGCUGUAUGUUCCUAGCAUGGGGUUCUGCAUUUUAGUAGCCCAUGGAUGGCAAAAAAUUUCAAACAAAAGUGUACUGAAAAAGCUCUCUUGGGUUUGUCUCUCCAUGGUGAUACUGACCCAUGCCUUGAAAACACUCCAUAGAAAUUGGGACUGGGAGUCUGAAUAUACAUUGUUUAUGUCGGCCUUAAAGGUGAAUAAGAACAAUGCGAAAUUGUGGAACAAUGUGGGUCAUGCUCUGGAGAAUGAGAAGAACUUUGAGAGAGCUUUGAAAUACUUCUUACAGGCUACCCAUGUUCAGCCAGAUGACAUCGGUGCCCACAUGAAUGUAGGAAGAACUUACAAAAAUUUAAACAGAACUAAAGAAGCUGAAGAAUCCUACAUGUUGGCCAAGUCACUAAUGCCUCAGAUUAUUCCUGGUAAGAAAUAUGCAGCCAGAAUUGCCCCUAAUCACCUGAAUGUUUAUAUCAAUCUGGCCAACCUCAUCCGAGCAAAUGAGUCCCGCCUGGAGGAAGCAGAUCAGCUAUACCGACAGGCAAUAAGCAUGAGGCCAGACUUCAAGCAGGCGUACAUUAGCAGGGGAGAGUUGCUUUUAAAAAUGAAUAAACCUCUGAAAGCAAAGGAAGCAUAUCUUAAAGCACUAGAGCUGGACAGAAAUAAUGCAGAUCUGUGGUAUAACUUGGCAAUUGUCUAUAUUGAACUUAAAGAACCAAAUGAAGCCCUGAAGAACUUUAAUCGGGCUUUGGAACUAAACCCCAAACAUAAGCUAGCACUGUUCAAUUCUGCUAUUUUAAUGCAAGAAUCAGGUGAAGUUAAACUCAGACCUGAAGCUAGAAAACGGCUUCUAAACUACAUUAAUGAAGAGCCACAAGAUGCUAAUGGCUAUUUCAAUUUGGGCAUGCUAGCCAUGGAUGACAAAAAGGAUUCUGAAGCUGAGAUUUGGAUGAAGAAAGCCAUCAAAUUACAACCUGACUUCAGAAGUGCUUUGUUUAACCUGGCGCUCCUGUAUUCACAAACUGCUAAGGAGUUAAAGGCAUUACCAAUUUUAGAAGAGCUGCUCAGAUUCUAUCCUGACCAUACCAAGGGUCUCAUUUUAAAAGGAGAUAUUCUGAUGAACCAAAAGAAGGAUAUACCUGGAGCCAAAAAGUGUUUUGAAAAGAUACUAGAAAUGGAUCCAAGCAAUGUGCAAGGAAAGCACAAUCUUUGUGUUGUAUACUUUGAAGAGAAGGAUUUACUAAAAGCUGAAAGAUGCCUGGUUGAAACAUUGGCAUUAGCACCUCAUGAAGAAUAUAUUCAACGCCAUUUGAGUAUAGUCAGGGAUAAAAUUUCCUCUUCUGGUAUUGUGGAACAGCCACUGUCCCCAGUUGAUAAGACUUCAGGUAUAGAAAAAAGAGAUGAAAUCCCUUCUGAGGAUGUAAAAGAAACCAGAAGUACAUCCAGACCGACACAAACCAUAAAAACAAAUGAUCAUGAAAACUUGAAAUCCAACAAGCAAUCAAUAAAAAAUGCAGACAAAGAGGCCCCCCAUAAAACAACAAAAGACAUCAAAGAAAUUGAGAAGAAAAGAGUUGCUGCUUUGAAAAGGCUGGAAGAGAUUGAACGUAUUUUAAAUGGAGAAUAAUACUAUUCUGUAAUAUGUAACAGUAUCAAAGACCUUCAGUCUAUAUCAUGUGUUUGCAUGUACUAGAAACUGAAAAAUGUUAAGAAUAUGUAUUGGUUUUUAGAAACUGCAUAAGAUGAUAUAGGAUCAAACAAGAUUUUUGUUGAAGACUUAUCUGCUCCAAAAUAUAUGUUUUAUAAGAUAGGACACACAUUUAAAUUUGGUUGACUAUAGGAGAAAUCUCAAAUUCCAGGUGACAAACUUGAAACUUUUAUUAUAAAAGGAAAAAGUUGGAGUUCUUUGAAGGGAGUGCGGGAGUUGGCAGAUCUGUCUACUAAUCAGAAUUGAAAUAUUAUGUGGUGUCAAGGAUGAACCAUUGAAGAUAAAUCCAGUAUGUGCUGGGUUUGUGAAUUCAUUUAUUAGCUCUUUUCUCAUGUUCUUUACCACUUCAGAUCCUGCAAUGGAUUGCUAUUCAUUGAAGACAUUCUUUUUCCUUCAGUAGUUCUUCUUGUAGAUCAUGGGACAUUGUACUACAAAUGCAUACUGUUAUAUUAUGUGUUUUUUGAUUGACGUUUAGAAUGAAUGGUGGAAGAAACAUUUUAAAGUAAAUCAUGAGAUAUUACCUUAGGAGUUCAUUCACAUAACUGUGUACUUAUACUUCACUCUAAACUGUAAUUAAGCAGGUAAAAUUUUCUCCAUAUAGACGCCUUGUGGUGCUCACUAAUACUGUAUUUUCUCUUUUACACUGAGUAUUCUGACAUGAACUAUAUGAUCAUGACUACUCAUUGACUUUUGCUCCCCAGAGUGUUCUCUUUCUUGACAUAUCGUCAUACUGAAACGUCCUAGUCAUUCUUACCUUACACUUUAAUUAAAGUAUAGUCAUCUCUUUCAUCGUAGUCUCUCUGGUCUUAACUUAAAAUCCGUUUUCUGUUUCCAAAAGCAUGCAUUAAUUAUUCUUAAAUGUCUAAACCACUACAGUCAGUUUUGUUUAACUGAAAGCAAAACAAUGUGACGUUUAUUUUUAAACACUAAAUUCUUGAUGUGUUAUGGUCUAUAGUUUAUUAAGUAUUUAUUUUAACUACUGAUCUUUCAUCAGAAUUUUAAACUUUUAGUUUAAAUUGUUAGUUCCCUUGAGUUAAAUAAUCUCUAAUUAUAUAUGUCUUAGAAACCAUGCUUCUGUAAUGUUUUCUAAGAAAUCUUAUAUAAAUAGGUCACAAGAAACAUGUUCUGCCUUAAAGACCCAUUCCUUCUAGUUUCCCAGAAGAUCUGACAUAGAUUUUUUUUUUUUUUAAGAUAAUUUAACUCCAGCACUGAUUCCAGUGGGUUUUAGUUCUUGACCCAGGAGAUUUUGUUAAACAUCAAAGCAAUAUUUUCGUUUCAGUUCUUAGAGUGUAGCUUUGUGACUUCAGAUAUGAAGUGAAGAAUACCUCAUAUAUUAUGACUUGAAAAUGAAGUUGUUGUUCUCUCUAUGUAGGUUUUGUUUGUAAUCACUACAGUUAAAAUUCCAAAUGGAGGACAGUUCAGUAAGCAAAGUCAAAGGAAACCUUUUACAACAGCAAACAUAAUAAAAGUUUGAGAACUAUUUUAUUAAAUUUAUAUAGCUAGUGAAGUGAUAAGGAUAAAUAUUAAUAUUAUCCAAUAAUUUUUAUAUAAAAUUCUUUUAUUAGCACUCAUAAGAAUGUCUGUCACAAAGAAAGUAUUCAUACUUGAAUUUUAAUUUAUUUAGAUCAAAUCCAUCUUGAGUAGCAAUUAUUAAUUAUUGCCAAUCAGUGAAGCCCAAUCUAAUUUUAUAGGAAAAUUUGGAAGCAUUCUCACCCAUCCCUAAACAAUAAAAUAUAAUUUCUAGGAAAUUGACCAUGCUUCAGUUUUUCCAAAACUUGUUUGAGUGAUUCUGUUUUGUAGUUAAGAGUUAAGGCUACUUGCUCUAAAUUCAUUCAGGAAAGUUUCUUGAUUUCUCUUGUGUUAACUUUGUAAAUUAGUGAUAUAACCCAAUUAAGUUUUGAUGGCUUAAAUCUCACUAAAGAAUAUGUUCUAAGUAGUAUUUAUUCCAUUAAAAUAGAAAUAGUAAGUUUUAUCAAGCUUUCUUAUGCUCAAAUUAAUGUUUCUUACAUGCAUGAAGUUUUAUUGAAGCUAUUCAAAUGAGAAUGAUAUCCUCCCCAGCUGCCUCAGAGUUGUCUUUUUGAAGAAGUGGGAAUAUUAGCAUUUUUAAGCCCAAUUACCUAUCCUGUGGUUUAGUGCUUUGGAUAUCUGAAUUAAAAAACAAACAAAAACAAAAGAAACAAGACAGAGCUUUGACAAUCUUCAAGGAGCUGUGUUAUGUUUUCCUUCACAGAAAGUGGAGUUAAAUUCUGAAUGCUCCUAUUGUUGUUUUUGUUUCUGUUUAACAUUUGAAAUUAGGAAUUUUCUCAUUUUUCUAGUGAGUAGCCCCACCCACCAACCCCCUCUUUGAGGCUAGGCCUUACAGUGCUGCCCAAACAGGUCCUGAACUCAAAAUAUCAAGUGAUCCUACUCCAGCACCCUGUGUGACUGGAAUACUGGCGUCCACAGCCUUGUCCAGCCCCAGUGUGUGGUUUUCUGAAGUCAGUGACUUAGAGAAUAAAAUAACUAAGUAUAUUCCUUUUUAACCAUUUUGUGUUUACUCUUCCUUAUUUAGUAUGUGAAGUACACAAUUCUAAUAAAACCUCAUUGUCUUUUCUUUACAUCUGAGUUUUCAAUUUCAUGUUAUAGAAUGCUUCUUCAAAGAUGCUUUAAUGAACCUAUUAAGAGUAUAUAGAUUUGUAUGUCAGUUUAUACUUCAAAAAUCCAUAUAUUUGUCAUAUUUAUUUUUUUAUUUGCAUGUCCAAAUGAUAUUUAAAAUGAGCCCCUUCCCCCAAAUGUCUGAUAAUUGAUAAAACUUUUCUCUCCAAUCCACAUUAAAGAUUCAUUAAAAAGUAGUUUUCAAAUGUAUGCAUUUUAUAUUACUAUGCUGUUUGUGUAUCACAUUUCUAAAUAUUCAUUAUUAAAUUGUUACUUUUUAAAACUUUAAACCUGAUUGCCUUUUAAUGUUAAAUGAAAUGCAAAACUUUGUAUAUAAUAGGUCUGCCUACAGAAAGAAAGGAAUGAGCUGGCAUGUAAUUUUGUCAGAAGUGAACUGUGAAAAGCAUACAUUAUAGUUCCUAAUAACGACAUACUUUUAACUAUUGGUGAAAGAACCCAAAAUAAGAAAAUAAAAAGGCUAAACUCAA